AUGUCUUAUGGUUUAGAGAAUCAUCCGUAUCAGAGGGAGCUUAAGGUAGCUAGUUUAGCUGUGAGAAGAGCAUCAGUGUUGGUGAAAAAGCUAAGUGACACUAUAGCUACUACUAGAGCCUCUGGAACACUUACAAAGGACGACAAGUCACCAGUCACUGUCGGUGACUACGCAGCCCAAGCCAUAAUUAACAAUGCUAUCAAGUAUAAUUUCCCUGACGAUGAGAUUGUAGGAGAAGAGGAUGCACAUGCCUUAAAGGAAGAUAAUGAAGAAGGAAAAGCUUUGAGUGCUAAUAUCUUAAAAAUUAUUGAAGAUGUACAGAAGCAAACGGCUCUGUUCGACAAAGAAGUUGGAGACCUUGAUCUGUUAGAGACGAUAUAUAAAAGCAUCGACGCUGGACAAUCCAAGGGAGGGCCAAAAGGUAGAGUUUGGGCAUUAGAUCCAAUUGAUGGUACAAAAGGAUUCUUGAGAGGAGACCAAUUUGCUGUAUGCUUGGCGUUGAUUGUGGAUGGUAAGGUAGUUAUGGGUGUCAUCGGAUGUCCAAAUUUACCAGAGGAGAUUAUAUCGAAUGAGGAACAACAUGGACCAAGGGGUGGUUUGUUUACAGCUAUUAAAGGUGUUGGAUCCUACUAUACUCCUUUAUUUAUCGAAAGUGGAUUUACUCCCUUGUCUGGUCAGAAGCGUAUCAAAAUGAACCAGGAGACUUCUCCAGAUGCCUUGAAAGUUGUCGAGGGUGUUGAGAAGGGUCAUUCUUCCCACUCUACACAAUCUCUAAUCAAAAAAGAACUUGGUUUCAACCCAGAGACGGUAGAUAUGCAAACCAUUAACUUGGAUUCACAAGUGAAAUACUGCGUUUUGGCCAAGGGUCAAGCUGACAUUUACCUACGUCUUCCGGUUAGUGAAUCAUAUAGAGAAAAGAUAUGGGAUCAUGCUGCAGGUGAUAUCCUAGUCCACGAAAGUGGUGGCCAAGUCGGUGACAUCUUUGGUAAUGAGUUAGAUUUCGGAAAAGGAAGAUACUUGGAAUCCAAAGGUGUCAUCGCAGCCAAUAAAGCCAUUUUUCCAAAGGUAAUCGAGGCCGUUCACACUGUCGAAUCCAAAAUCUAG